UUACGCAACUGCAUCCUACCGCCAGACCUCGGAGGAGGUAUCAUUCGCAUCCAAUAUAGACCCUUGAAUCAAGUCACAAUGGCUUCUAUACCUGUUGUUGUAAAGCACCAGGGCAAACGCUACGAGGUGGAGCUCGACCCUUCCCUGAACGGCGAAACGCUCAAAUACCAGCUAUUUUCUCUCACUGGCGUCGAACCCGAGCGGCAGAAGCUCCUAGUCAAGGGUGGCCAGCUCAAAGAUGACACACCAUUGUCCUCCCUCAACGCCAAACCCGGCCAAACGUUCAUGAUGAUGGGCACUCCGUCGGGCGGUCAAGGUGCUGGGGACUUGGGUAGACCAAAGGAAGUCGUCAAGUUUUUGGAGGACAUGACUGAAGCUGAAGCUGCGAGAGCGGAGGGUGCAACGCCUGCAGGUCUGCAGAACCUUGGAAAUACUUGCUACCUGAAUUCAACGCUACAGACACUGCGGAGCGUUCCCGAACUUCAGGAUGCGCUACUCAAGUACCGACCUUCUGGCGGCUCUUCUGGAGGCUCUAGCCUUUCGAACCUUAGUAGUCUCGGUCUUGGCGGCUUGGGUGCUUCCAUGGAUCUCACGUCCUCUUUGCGAGACCUCUUCAAGCAAAUGUCGGAGACGCAAGAAGGUUUCCCGCCGCUCAUGUUUCUCAAUGCUCUGCGAAAUGCUUUCCCCCAAUUUGCUCAAAGGGAUCGCAAUGGACAUGGCUAUGCCCAACAGGAUGCCGAAGAGGCCUGGUCACAAAUCGUUAGUCAGUUGCGUAACAAGCUGGUCGUGAAGGAGGGUGAAGGUGACUCUGCCGCUGAGGUUUCGUUCGUGGACAAGUACAUGGCUGGAGGGUUUGAGUCCACCACCGAAUGCGACGAGGAGGCCGCAAAGGAGGCUGGCGAAGUAGCUACUAACAGCUCCGACGUUUUCUACAAGCUUGAUUGUCAUAUCGGUAAAGAGACCAACCAUUUGCAUGACGGUAUUAUGGCUGGUCUCGAAGAGAAGAUUGAGAAGCGCUCCUCUGUUCUCGACCGCGAUGCCGUAUAUACCAAGCGUUCACGCAUUGCGCGCUUGCCCAAGUACCUGACGGUUCAUUUCGUUCGGUUCUUCUGGAAGCGCGAAACACAGAAGAAGGCCAAGAUUAUGCGAAAGGUCACAUUCCCCGCUGAACUUGAUGCGGUGGAUUUCUGCACCGAAGAACUGAAGAAACAGCUCAUUCCCGUGAGAGACAAGGUUCGUGAGAUUCGGAAGGAAGAGGUGGAUGUCGAGCGUGCCCGCAAGCGUCAAAAGCUCGCUCACCGGAAAGAGGAGGAAGAAAAGAAAGAGGCCGAAUCUGGGUCAAGCAUGGAGCCGAUGCAGAAGAAAAAAGCUGCUGAAGAGCGCAAGGAAGAACCUAAGGCUGCGGAGAACGACGGAGAUGCAGCCAUGACCGAUGUGUUCAAGUCCGAUGCAGAUUACGAAGCUGAAAAGACCGCCUCAAUUCUUGCCGCCAAGAAAGAAUUGUCUGAGCUCAUUGAUCCGAGUCUUGCCUCAGACAGUGGUGUGAACAAGACGGGUCUUUACGAACUACGUGGUGUGAUCACCCACCAGGGCGCAAGUGCGGACAGCGGACAUUACACUGCGUACGUGAAAAAGCAGCCCAGCGGUGAUGGCGCAAGCACCGAAGACAAGUGGUGGUGGUUCAAUGAUGAGAAGGUUACCGAAGUGGAAGGGGAGAAGAUUGAGACUCUUGCUGGUGGUGGUGAAUCCCAUUCCGCACUUAUUCUCCUCUACCGGGCGGUUGAGGUGCCGACGACAAAUUAAGCAGGGCCCUCACUUUAUCUCACGAGUAUCAGGCUAGAAACGGUAUGCAUAGAUAAUGAGCUUAUGGCUGAAUGUUAGGAAAAUGUGUUUCUGCUAAACAAAGUACUGCAAAGAUGGUUUUGAGUCAAUCAGUAUGAUAACCUGCCUUGUAGCUAGCACUAGCUGUAGAUUGUAUCUAGACAACAGCGUAUCUUCCAAUCACGUGAUAAUGCAG